GACCUCGGAAGCUGCCCGUGGCUCUCCCGUGUCGCAGAGCUUGAGGCGGUCAGUGCUGGGCAGCGAGCUGGGCUGCUGCCCGCCGCCCCUGGUGAUGGAGAAGGUGUUCGUGCUUCACAUGUAGUUGUCUCUCUCGUGAAAAACUAUCCAAACUAUCUGAUUAUAAAUCUAGAUAAGCUCGACUACUGUGCAAGCUUGAAGAAUCUUGAAACUAUCUCUGAGAGAGAAAACUACAAGUUUAUCCAGGGAGAUAUUUGUGAACGUGAUUUUAUAAAACAGCUCUUCAAAAGGGAGAAAAUAGAUAUAGUCCUUCAUUUUGCAGCCCAAACACAUGUAGAUCUUUCAUUUUGGCGUGCCCUGGAAUUCACUUACGUGAAUGUUUAUGGCACUAAUGUGCUGGUUGCUGCUGCACAUGAAGCCAAUGUGGAGAAGUUUGUUUAUGUCAGUACAGAUGAAGUAUAUGGAGGUGGCACUGAUGAGGAGUUUGAUGAAUCCUCACCAAAACGACCAACAAAUCCCUAUGCCUCCUCUAAAGCAGCUGCAGAGUGUUUUGUUCAGUCUUACUGGGAAAGGUACCAAUUCCCAGUUGUUAUCACACGGAGCAGUAAUGUUUAUGGACCACACCAGUAUCCAGAAAAAGUUAUUCCAAAGUUUAUAUCUUUGUUGCAACAGAACAGGAAAUGCUGUAUUCAUGGUUCUGGACUUCAAAGAAGGAAUUUCCUUUAUGCAACCGAUGUGGUAGAAGCAUUCCUUACUGUCCUGAAGGAGGGGAAGCCAGGUGAAAUUUAUAACAUCGGAACUAACUUUGAGAUGUCCAUUGCCCAGCUUGCCAAGGAGUUAAUCCAUUUAAUAAAGAAGACCAGUUCAGAAUCUGAAAUGGAGCACUGGAUGGAUUAUGUCAAAGACAGGCCUACCAAUGACCUGAGAUACCCAAUGAAUUCAGAGAAGAUGCACAACUUAGGGUGGAGACCCAAAGUGCCUUGGAAAGAAGGAAUAAAGAAAACAAUUGAAUGGUACAAAGAAAACUUUCACAACUGGAAAAAUGCGGAGACAGCUUUGGAGCCCUUUCCUGUGACAGAGCCAUUUGCACAGCUCAGUGGUCCAUAGGGUGGUGGAGAACCCGAAGGAGUUUGUCCUACCUCAAACAGUCUUUUCUUCAAAGCCUGCAAUCAAGUGGCCACACUGAACUCUUAAUGUAUUCAAGCUGCAGGAACCAUGGUGAAUACAGAACUACAGCGUGGCACAACUUUGGAAGAGUGUCAGCACUUUAUAAGUUGAACCUGUUAAUUUCAGCUUCUGGUGCAAUACUAUAUUCUCACUAGGUAUUGAUUUUAAAGAACUGUACAGGGUGAAGAAUAUUUAAAUUUAGUGUAACUGAAGUCAAAUCUGCCUUAUU